GUCACUUGUAUGAUAACACAGACUCAGUGGAUGAAUUGUGGUCAAUCUUCGCUCGAACCAGUCUGGUGAUCUGUCAGCCUGACUCCGCUCAGCUUCGAUGUCCACCGCGAAUGCAUAUUCGCCCGCUGGUCACAUCCGUUCUAACUGAACCGGGACAGCUUCCACGCAACGAGAACGUUAGUCCACACUGUUUCCGGAAUGACUUGUCCCGAUGGACUAAGGAUCCUAGACAAAUGGAGAAAUUGUUGCACCAAUGUCGAUAUGCUGAUGAGCAUGAGGUAAGUGAAUGCACAAGAAAGACUGAUUGA